AUGGCGGAGGGAGCCAUGGCGGCGGCGGUGCCCGACUACGAGUCGGCGGAGCUGUACACGCGGGCGUUCCGCGUGGGCACCCUGGGCCUCGGCUGGCGGCGGGUGCUGGGGCCGGCCGACCUCUCGCUGGCGGCGGAGGAGGAGCAGGAGGAGGCGGACGCGGCCGUGGCGGCGGCGCUGGGCUGCGCGCCGGGCACGGCGGCCGAGCUGCGCGCCGUCUGCAGUAUCGAUAUGUUAAUGUCUUCUGAAAAAGAAGAGGACCCAGAUGUUAUUCCUGAAGACAGCAGUCUGCUCACUCUUCGAAUUAGAAAGAAAGCCUUAGAGAGGAGAGAAGAAACAAUUAUUGUGGAUCGGGCUUGCAGACAAGAAACUCUUACCUAUGAGAUGGAGUCACAUGCAACUGGAAAGAGGCCAGACAAUCCGACAGAUCUAAUUGAGGAGGGAGAAUUACUUUUAACUCUGAACAUCUUUUAUCCUGUUAUAUUUCAGAAGCAUAAAGAUCACAAACCCUACCAAAUAGUCCUUGUACUGGGCAGCCAGAAGCUCACUGAGCUAAGAGACUCGAUUUCUUGCGUCAGCGACCUCCAGAUAGGUGGUGAGUUCAGCAGUCAGCCAGAUCAAGCACCAGAGCACAUCAGCAAGGAUCUCUACAAAUCUGCCUUCUUCUACUUUGAAGGCAUCUUCUAUAACGACAAAAGAUACCCAGAGUGCAGAGAUCUGAGCAGAACAAUUAUAGAGUGGUCAGAAUCUCAUGACAGAGGCUAUGAAAAUCUUCAGUCUGUUAAGAUGGAGGACUAUGUAUUUAAUGACUUAUCCCUCAAAAUUGGCUUUCCAUACCUUUACUGCCACCAAGGGAACUGUGAACACAUCGUUAUAAUCACAGAUAUAAGGCUUAUCCAUCAUGAUGACUGUCUGGAUAGGAAUCUAUAUCCCUUGCUAGUCAAGAAACAUUGGCUAUGUACCAAAAAAUGCUUUGUUUGCAAGAUGUAUACAGCAAGGUGGGUAACCAACAGAGACAGUCUGGCACCCGAGGAUCCUUGUUUCUUCUGUGAUGUUUGUUUUCGGAUGCUCCAUUAUGAUGCAGAAGGCAAUAAACUGGGGGAGUUUCUUGCAUAUCCUUAUGUUGAUCCUGGGAUUUUCAAUUGAAAUUGACAUACACCAGGAUUAAUUCAGUGAAUGAUAUUGUUGAAUCUGUUGCUCUGGCUGUUAAAACCACUGGACAGCUUGAGGUCUGAGCCUUCUGCUGGGUUUCAGGUUAGGCAUGUAAUCCUUUCCUGUGAGCUGGAACAAGCCCUUUACACUUGACGUUUAUCUCGUGUGUUUUUGUGAGUAAGUAUGAUUUUACAGAUACGUUGGCAUGGAAAAAUAUAGUAACACUUUUACAAUGUUACAGUCAUUUGGAUGCUAUGGACUGUAAAAUGUGGAUGUUUGAGAGUACCUGGCAAAAGACCAUGAUUUUGAGAAGCUCUAUGCAUCCAAGGCUCUGUAAACCUCUGAGGAUGAGAACAUGGUCUGUAUAUAUCUUACCUUGAAAACUCAGGUGGAUGGCACUGAAUUUGCAGGGAGGAGAAUGUUUCUGGGAGAGAAGCUCAGAAUGCUGGUUAAACUCUUGGGUCUUUCUUACAAAUGAAAGCUUGCAUCUGAAGGUUUUCGCUGUCCCUGGUUUCUGACUCUGAGGACUGAUUCUGUAAAGAAGAAACUACAUUUCACCAUUACUGAAUUGUAUCCUGCCUUUUAAAUAAUUUUGUCAACUGUUUACAGUGUAUGCAGUGUUCAUUGUGCACAUUCUUUUAGUAUCAUUCUGUUAUUUUAAAUAAUGUUUCAUUUUAUUAAAAUGUGUUG